AAAUUUGAUAGAAAGGCUUUGGCAUAGCUAUCUGUGAUACCAUAGAGCAACGGAGCAUGUGAAGCAUACUAAACUUGAACAACAACACAGAACACAACACGACAACUGUGAGACUCAAUGGAGAGCAUCAAUGCCAAAUACAUAUCACAGAAAAUCAGUAAGACGCGCUGGAGGCCCGUUUCUGCGGCUUCAUUACAACAACCUGAAGUGUUCGCGACAGGAUCAUGGGACAACGAGAAUAACAGAGUGUCGGUGUGGUCGGUGGAGGAUCAUGGAGUGUCACAGAUGGAUGGAGAGUUUGAUGAAGAUCCUCAGUUACUGUGUGAGUUUCAGCACGUUGGGGAUGUAAUGGAUCUACAGUUUCUAGAUCACUGCAGGCUUGUUUCUGCAUCAUCAAGUGGGGCUGUGACCAUCUAUAAACUUCAGUCUGACUGUCAGGCUUUGUCAUUAGCUCAUGUGUGGGAGAGAGCUCAUAAGUAUUCUUGUGAUAAUGCACCUUGCACAGCAGUAGUGUGCAGUAGUCCUGAAAUUGUGUCCGUGGGGGAGGACGGUCGUAUUAUUCUUUACAAGGCAGAUCAGGCUGAAGUUAGCAGAGUUAUUGAGAAUGCAGACAGCAGUACGAUCCAUGGCGUGACAUUUGUGAGGGCGACUGAAGUUCUCACUGUAAACUCCAUCGGCCAGCUGAAGAUGUGGGACUUCAGGCAGCAGAGAGACAGUCCUGCUCAAAUUCUCUCUCUCACUGGAGAUCGAGUGCCCUUACACUGUGUGGAUAAACACCCAAACCAGCAGCACAUCGUGGCCACAGGAGGGCAGGAUGGGAUGCUGUGCAUCUGGGAUGUGAGACAGGGCAACAUGCCCUUCUCUCUAAUAGAGGCCCAUUCUGCAGAAAUGUGGGAAGUACACUUUCAUCCUUCAAACCCCAAUCACUUGUUCACCUGCUCGGAGGAUGGAUCUCUGCUACACUGGGAGACGACUUCAGGAUCAGACAUGAGCUCACUCCUACAGCGGGGCUGGAACAGCAGAGUCAUCUCGCAAAGUGCCAUAUCGCAGCCAGGAGAGAACGAGUCUGUGGUCAACGCCUGGCUGGCUGGAGACUCCAGCAAAAGUCGUCUGGAAGCGACUCACAUGCUGCCCGGCCAAACACUGUCUGUUAACAGUCUUGAUGUGCUUGAGCAGUGCUUAGUAUGUGGCACUGAUGGGGAGGCAGUGUACAUCCAUAGACAGGUCCCUGUGUGAUGAAGAUUGAAGAAAUGCUUGUAAUAUUCUUUUUUUUUAUCUAUAUAUAUACUUCACUUAUUUGUUCAGUUGAUUAAAACUAAACAUUAAUAACUUGGUCAUUAAAAUGGCAAUGUUUGCAAUCUUGGUGUGUCUUCAAAUGUUUUGUUCAAAUACUAAGUGACUUAUGACAGGGUUACAAUUAUGUGGACCCUAAUAAAAAAUUACCAUAGUCCUUGCAUAGUAAAUUGACUUAGCGGUGUUUGAUAAUGCAAGCAGCACUUUUACGAUCAUGUCCCUAUCCCCGAGUAUUACAAUUCGUCACAGAACGCGUCCUGCUCUACUAUCCAACCUACUGAUACAUAUUAUUAUUAUUAUUAGUGGUGCCUGUGAAGAAAGCAUCACUAUUAUAAUCUCACCUGCACCGUUUGGCAUAGACCAAUGAACAAGGUAACAAAUCGACCGGCCUAUGGAUGACACCUCUGC